UUCACUUCACUACCUCUCUUUCUUCCAUCACCUCUACUUGUCUCUCUCUCCUUGUUGCCGUCCGAUCACGUCGCCGCCGCCCUCCUGCCCCCCGUCCGAUCUCGACUCGACCGUGUCUCUCUUCCUGUCUGCCCUAAUUUCUUUUGGAUGGAAUCAGAGCUAAAAGAAUUCGCUUUUGAUACCUUGUACAUUUUUUUUAACUUUCUUUUUUUACUCUUUUGAACCGUUUAAAUUCUCAGAUAUUGUCAUUUUGGGAAUCUGAUUAGUUUACUUUGCAUAUUAUUUUAUCAUCAAUUUUUUUUGUUUUUCUUUUAUUUUUAAUUCCCGUUAAAGCAAAAAAAAAAGAAGAAAAGGAUAAAAGAAAACUCAUUUUUUUAGAUUUUGUAGCGAAAAAAGAUGAGAAGAAGGUUGGGAUUUUUACGGUUGGAUGAAGAUGUGGAUUUCCUUGUAUUAAUCUACUGCUUUUGCGAAAUGAGUUCUUUCGUGGUUUAUGGCAAUGUGGUUUAGAUAGAAAACAUUGUUACUUUGUCGUUUAAAAACAUUGAAGCUUAUUUUGGUGAGCUUUUUUUUUUCUCAGUUUCUUAUUGAUGUGUGAAUUGUGAUUAAUGUUUGUUUGAAUCUUUGCAAUGUGUUUUGUUCAAUGUGAUAUUUUUUUUUCUGAAUUCAAGAAGCAAUGUGUUGUAUCUGAUUGCUUAUUUUUGAAGGUUCUAAUUAUUUGAUGUUUGUUUACUGUGUGAUGGAAUGCUUGAAUGGUUUUUAGCUUCUGCAUUUAAUUGAACACUUAAUGAUGUUUGAGUGUCUAAUCAUUUCAUGUUUAUUAAUUACAUGCAUAGAUAUAUUUUUGCUAUAGUAUUUUGGCUCGACAAGUGGUUAGACCAGUUAAACCAUGAACCGAUAGCUUCAUCAGUUUGCUUAUCAGUUCGGUUUUUAAUCAUUGGUUUGAACUUUGAACAAACAUAUUUUCGCUAACUCAUUUUUCCUGAGACUAGUGAAAUACUACUAUCAGUUUCUGAGUUUUAAGAUUGCUCAAUGGUAUUUGCAAUAAUGGUGAUUGAUCAAUUUGUUCCUUGUUCUUUUCAAUGUAUUGAGGUUGUUUUUCUAAUGUAUUUUUAGGCUGGAUACAAUUUCUUCAUUGAUGGAUUUCGUUCGUAACAAUGUAAAAGAAAGAAUGUCAUUGCUUCCAUCUGACUUUGGCUGAAGUUCUGUAGUUUUUAACAAUAAGUUGCUACAUGUUUGCUUGGCGAUAGAUUUAUUUAUUUGUGGUAUUGCUUUUGCUUGGGAGGUUUCUAAUCAUGUUUGUUUUUUCGUCGGUUUCUAUUUUUCAUAUUUGUGAUCAAGAUUUUAAAUCAAGAUGUUUAUACUAAAAUUGACAUGGGUGUCUUGAUUGCAGAAAACCUUUUGCAUAGGUAAAAAUAAGUGUUAUAGCUGUAGGAAAUGGUUAACUCAAAAGAGCCAAAGAGAAGGGUUGCUUUUAUUCUAGUUGAUGGGGUGGGAGAUGUAUCACUGCCAAGAUUUGGUUAUAAGAAUCCCUUGCAAGUUGCUAAUGUCCCUAAUUUGGAUGCAAUUGCAUCGGCUGGCAUCAACGGUCUAAUGGACCCUGUUGAAGUAGGCUUAGGUUGUGGAAGUGACACUGCACAUAUCUCUCUGCUGGGCUAUGAUCCUAUGAUCUAUUACCGAGGCCGUGGUGCAUUUGAGUCCAUGGGUGCAGGUUUGGCAAUGUCACCUGGAGAUAUCGCUUUUAAAACCAACUUUGCAACUCUUGAUGAAAGUACUGGAGUAGUUACCAGCAGGAGGGCAGACAGGCAUUUUGAAGAAGAAGGACCUGUUCUUUGUGCAGCACUGGAUAGACUCAAGCUGCCUUCUUUUCCUCAAUAUGAAGUUAGAGUCAGGUAUGCCACGGAGCAUAGGUGUGGGGUGGUUGUUAAAGGCCCAAAAUUAAGUGGAUACAUAUCAGGGACCGAUCCAUUGAAGGAUAAUCGCCUACUUUUACAAGCUCAACCUCUUGAUGAUUCUGAUGAAGCAAAGAAUACGGCUGCAGUUAUUAACGAGUUAUCGAAAGAAAUAUCCCGCAUUUUGGUUGGGCAUCCUGUGAAUGCUAGAAGAGUUGCCGAAGGAAAGAAUAUAGCUAAUGUUGUCCUUUUACGAGGUUGUGGGAUUCGAAUUGAGGUCCCUCCUUUUGAAAAAAUACACGGUUUGUGGCCUUGUAUGGUUGCUCCUACCAAGAUUAUUGCUGGUUUGGGUUUAUCCCUUGGUAUUGAUAUUUUAGAAGCUUCAGGAGCAACAGGAGACUACAGAACCCUGCUAACCUCAAAAUCAGAUGCAAUAGACAGAGCACUCUCAGCUCCUUCUAAAUCAAGCCCCAAUGUCUUUGUGCCUGGGGAAGAUGAACAUAAACCCGGCAGGCCUGAUGGCUAUGACUUCGGUUUCCUUCACAUUAAGGCAAUAGAUGAUGCUGGUCAUGAUAAAGCAAGUGUAUUCAAAGCCAAAGGCGUAGAAGCUGUUGAUAAAGCUAUAGGGCAACUAACUAAGCUCCUCUGGCAAGCAGAGUCAGCAGGGGAGUUCCAAUAUUACAUUUGUGUCACUGGGGACCAUUCUACUCCAGUUGAAUAUGGUGAUCACAGCUUCGAACCAGUCCCAUUUACACUGUGUCGUUUGAAAGACUUCAUUGGUGCUGUGGGUGGAGAUUCACAUCUUUCUAAUAUCCCUCUCGAUCCUUUUCCUCUUCCAACCGUUGAACCCGGUGAGGAUUUAGCACAUGCUGACAGAAGUCAAGAAGAGAAACAGGGCCGGGCUUUUAAAGGUGACAAAGUUUUCGAGUUCAAUGAGAUAGCAGCAGCCAGAGGAAUUCUCGGACGAUUUACUGGUAGCGAAAUGAUGGGAAUCAUAAAGGCAUAUCUCAAGCUUUCAUAAUAGCUCUUCCAUCCACUUCUUCGUGGGUAUUCCUUUUUUACCCUGUGACAAGACCGACUGUGCUGAAAAAAUACGAGAGCAGAUAGUUGCGUUGGAGGUUUUUGUUGCAUGUUCCUGCAACUGCUUGUGUAUUUCGCUUUCCGUUGGUUGAAAGAGAGACUCUAGUAGUUCGUUUCACUCACUUUGGAGACAUGUCUUGGUACAGUUUAUCAGAAAGUGAAAUAAAAACUUAUGUUGGAAUCCUUCUUAGCUCGAGACCAGUGUUAUGAAAAUUGCCCCUGGGCCGCGGGAUCCACGUUCCUCCACCAGAAAUUGUCCCGAUGUAGGUCGGCAGAGCGAGAUGCCGGGGUGAGGGCAGGCGAUAUAUCAUAUAUUCUCUAGGUGACGUUAUAUCUUUUUAUACCCCUUGUGAAAUUAUCUCUCUUUAUAUCCUUAUUAUGUCACUUUAUAUCUCUAAUUUUGUUUUUAAAUUUGUAAUUUGAAAAUUCAUUUUUAUUUUAAGUUUUAACUUUUAGUAAUGUUAACUGCUCGAGACAAUAAUGUUUUGUAAUAAUCUCUGGCUUAACAAUGCUUUGUACAAUUGUACUACUCUGUUUUCUGUAUAA